GUCAAAAUCAAAACGUAUUGUUGACUUGAGGGUAUCAAUAUCAAUUUUAUUGCGUUAAUAAUUAAAAAUAAAAGGAUGUUCAGAGCUGCAGAUUUAAAGUUAUUAUAAUUUUGGUGUUUAUUGUGGUUCAUCAAAGAAACCUACGUGAACAUAGUCACUUUGCAGAAUAUUAAUGUUAUGGGUGUAAAGUUCUAACUUGUAAUCAAAUUUUGGAGUGUGUUAUAUUAUAUUUCAUCAAAAAUGCAUGAAGCAUACGAGAUAUCGCACUUGCUCAAUGCGACAGUACAAAUAGAAGCUAUAGCAGCUUAUGAUAACAACUUGUUAUUAGGAACGAGACAAGGGCAUCUGUUGAUGUAUUCAUUGUCUCAAACAAACGGGAAUCAGAAAUAUGAGUUGCAGCUACUUAGAUACUGUAAGAAUUUUAGUAAAAAACCUAUUCAACAAAUAGAAGUUAUACCUGAAGAAAACUUGUUGCUGUGCUUGACUGACAAUGUCCUCUCUACAUACAAUAUAAACGGUGUUAAUUUUCCAUUGGUCAAGACAUUUGAACAAACAAAAGGUGCUUCGCUAUUUGCUUUAGAUAACACGCCCACAACAUCAAUGACAGGAGAAUCUAAUUCAGUUGUCCGUCUCUGUGUAGCUGUGCGAAGAAAAUUACAAUUAUAUUACGGGAAGAAUGGAGAAUUCAAACAACACUUGUUUGACUUUACCAUACCUGAUGUGCCGAAAGUCAUGUCGUGGGGCCAGCAAUACGUUUGCGUGGGAUUCAAAGCCGAAUAUGUACUUUAUGAUCUGGCAUCAGGAAACCCUCAAGAACUAUUUCCAACGAGUAGUUCCAAAUCACUUGAGCCAACUAUAGCGAAAUAUUCUGAAACGACAUUCCUACUGGGGCGCGAUCAAACGUCCGUGUUAGUGGAGGAAGCCAAAAACAUAGAUAUAAAGAAAACUAUCAAAUGGUCUGAAGCUCCUAUUGCUGUUGUGUGGGACGAGCCAUAUGUAUUAGGUUUGUUAUCAGACCAAGUGAUAGUACAGACAGUGGAGCCAUCGCUGUUCAUACAAACCCUACCUGAACUGAACAAAGCAAGACUGAUGUAUAGAUGUAAGCGAGGAUUGAUAUUCGUGUCUUCAGUGGGGCAGGUAUGGUGUCUCAGCUCCGUAGAUAUCACGAAACAAAGGCAGCAACUACUCAAGGACAAACAUUUCCAAAUUGCUAUAGAAUUAACGAGCCUGUCAGACUGCACACCAGAAGAAAAAGAACAGAAAAUACAUUCCAUACAAGUGCUAUACGCGUUAGAACUAUUCGAUAACAAACAAUAUUCGCAAUCUAUGAAAGAGUUCAUUAAACUAAAGACAGACCCUGCUGACGUCAUCAAACUAUUCCCUGAAUUAGACGGUAAAACGAAUGAAGAUAAUCCGAAGAAAUUGGUUGGGAAAGAUCUAGAAAAUGCUUUGAAUGCGCUCGUGAUGUACUUGAAGGAAUUGAGAGCGAAUUUAGGGUUUAGCACAGGCCAAGACGAGGCGACCAAGCAAAGGAAUGUCACGCAGCAAUUAGAACUGAUUGAUACUACGUUGUUGAAAUGUUAUUUGCAGAUAAACGAUGCUUUAGUUGCACCUUUAUUACGAAUCAACAAUUGUCGCCUAGAAGAAGCAGAGAGGAUGUUACUGCAACAUGGAAAAUAUAGCGAAUUAAUAAUAUUGUACCAAACAAAAGGGCAGCAUCGGAAAGCGCUAGAGUUGCUAAGAGAUCAGGCCAAAGAACCAGACUCUAGCUUAGAAGGUUACCAAGGAACGAAGAAUUAUUUGCAACAACUUGGUGCUGAACACAUAAACCUAAUAUUCAAAUUCUCCGACUGGAUAUUAAAGGAACACCCAGAGAAAGGCUUGAAGAUAUUUACCGAAGAUAAAGUAGAAAUAGAGAACUUGCCUCGUCCGAAGAUAUUAGACUUCCUGCUGAGAGAGCAUGAGUCUCUCGUGAUUCCUUACCUGGAGCAUGUGAUCCACACGUGGAACGAUACGAACUCGCUGUUCCACGACGCACUCAUCAACAUGUACCGAGACAAGAUCACAGACAAGAAGGCGAACCUGACCGACGCAGAGGUGCAGCAUAUCAAGUCCAAACUUAUUGCGUUUCUGGAGAAAUCCGCGCAUUACACGCCCGAGAGAGUUCUGGUGCACUUCCCUGUUGAUAGCCUGUUCGAGGAAAGAGCCAUCAUUUAUGGAAAAUUAGGACGCCAUGAGCAGGCACUCGCUAUUUACGUACUAAUAUUAGGGGAUGUAGAUAGAGCAAUAAGAUACUGUGAAAAUGUUAGCGCGACACCGAACGAUAAGAAUCAAGAUGUUUACGUCAUUCUAAUGCGUAUACUCAUGAAUCCUCAACAAGACAGUGCGCUUAAAGAGAAUCCUUUGGCCAAAGUACCAAGACACCCGAAGACCUCCGUGCCUGAUUUGGAGACAGCUCUUGAUAUACUGGAGAAGCAUGCUGACAAAAUUUCGCCCCUAAAAGCCUUAUCAGUGUUACCAGACUCGGUGCCACUAAGUCGUUUGAAGCACUUCCUAGAGAGCGCUCUAGAUGGACAGCUUACGUUAAAGCGGCGCAUGCAAGUUCUCAAAGGUUUACUGUAUGCUGAACAUAUGCAGGUACAAGAAGUGAAACAGUUCCACGAAUCUAAGAGCGUUGUUAUAAACGACUACAACGUGUGUCCGGUGUGUAAGAAACGCUUCGGAAACCAGAGCGCCUUCGUCAGGUACCCCAACGGUGACAUAGUCCAUUUCAAUUGUAGACUUGAUAAGUAGUACUAGUCCUAUAUCGUAUAUAGAAUAUUCUACUAUUCAACUCUGGCGUAUUUGUCAAAUGAAGCUGUAGCGUAUUUCGAACAACAGGAGGUCUACUCUAAUUCAACGAAAAACGAAGUUUCGUCUGAAACAGCAGAUUUCGUACUACAAUUCCAUUUAUUGCAACCUUUUGUGAACAAAAAUGAACGAAUGAAAUGAAGAUAAAUAAAUAGAUUUUGAUUUGAAAUUAAAAAUAAAACGUUUUUUCGAUUAAUUAUAUUAGUAAAUCAAUAAAACCUUUGGCCCAAGAAUAAACGAAACUUCGCAUUCGAGAACCGGAGUAGACCUACAGGUCUAUGUCUCGAAGCAGAUACUCUUUGACUGAUGUGCUUAUAUGACCAGAUGCAUAAAUGUGAUCUCUUAUAAUUAUGCCUCAUAUGCAAACCAGGGGCCUUAGUCUGCUAUUACAAUUGUGUCAGAAUGGUCGAUCACUGAUCAGUGCAAGAGGGACGGAGCUAUUUAGGUUGUAUAGCUCCA